AUCAAGGAAAUCUGCCGCCGCUCCAGAGACCUGUGGAUUAUAUCGAACGAUGGAAGGACACAAGUUAGAUGCUGAUCUGUAUCCUAUGGGACCUGGCUACGUCACAGACAUAGAGAAAAUACAUCCUGCCCUCUUUGGAGUAACUCAAAUGAGUAACCCUCCUUUUCUCUCUCUCCCCAGUGUCUCAGUGGGUACCAAGAGGGGAUCUGAUGAACUCUUCUCCUCCUACAUCAUGACCCCAGCCAACGGUAAUGACAGUAAGAAGUUCAAAGGUGAGAUGCGGAGCCCCAGCGCUCCAUCGCGUGUCAUCCACCUGCGCCAGCUGCCCGGGGACAUCCAGGAUUCUGAGGUCAUCAGCAUGGGAAUGCCCUUUGGGAAGGUCACCAACCUUCUGAUGAUGAAGGGAAAGAACCAGGCGUUCCUGGAGAUGAACACUGUGGACCAGGCUCAGACCAUGGUGAACUACUACGCUACGGUCACCCCCCUCAUCAGACAGCAGCCUGUAUUCAUGCAGUACAGCAACCACAAGGAACUCAAGACCGACAACUCACCUAACCAAGUGAGAGUCCAGGCAGCACUGCAGGCGGUGAAUGCUGUCCAGGGUGGCACCAUGUUGGGCUCUACCAUGACCAGUAUGGGGGGUGGGAUGGGUGCUACCAUGUCAGUUGGAGGGGGAGAGAUGGGAGCCAGAGGCAUGGCCACCCAGAGCCCUGUCCUUAGAGUCAUAGUAGAAAACCUCUUCUACCCCGUCACACUGGAAGUCCUGCACCAGAUCUUCUCCAAGUAUGGGUCUGUUCUGAAGAUCAUCACUUUCACUAAGAACAACCAGUUCCAGGCUCUGGUCCAAUACGCUGACCCCAUGACGGCACAGCACACCAAAAUGUCUCUAGACGGUCAGAACAUCUAUAACGGCUGCUGUACUCUGAGGGUGAGUUUCUCCAAGCUGACCAGCCUCAACGUGAAGUUUAACAACGAUAAGAGCCGUGACUACACCAGACCUGACCUUUCUACUGGAGAGCAACACAACCCUCAGCCUGGAAUGGACCAGCACGCGAUGGCUGCUGCCGCCUUCGGGUCUCCAGGUCUGAUCUCAGCGUCUCCUUAUGGACACGGAUUCCCCCAGGCCUUCACUCUACAGCAGGCUGCAGGUUUGUCUAUGCCCGGUGCCUUGGCGUCAUUCGGUAUGGGUCCAGGGGGCAUGGCCGCUAGUCGUCUCGGCCUGCAAGCCCUCGGCGGUGGAGGAGGACAAGCUGGUGUCCUAUUGGUCAGCAACCUCAACCCAGAGAGCGUUACACCAAACUGCCUCUUUAUUCUCUUUGGUGUGUAUGGCGACGUGAUGAGAGUGAAGAUUCUGUUCAAUAAGAAGGACAAUGCUCUGGUCCAGAUGGCUGAUGGCACACAGGCUCAGCUAGCGAUGAGCCACCUGAACGGGGUGCGCCUCCAGGGCCGGUCUCUACGUGUCUCCAUGUCUAAACACACCACCGUACAGCUGCCCAGAGAAGGCCAUGAGGACCAGGGGUUGACUAAGGACUAUGCCACCUCUCCUCUCCACCGUUUUAAGAAGCCUGGCUCCAAAAACUACAACAACAUCUACCCUCCCUCUGGCACACUGCACCUCUCCAACAUACCUCCUGCAGUAGGAGAGGAGGAUCUGAAGGCACUGUUCAGCAGUUCAGGAGCUUCAGUAACAGCCUUCAAGUUCUUCCAGAAGGACCGUAAGAUGGCUCUGAUCCAGAUGAGCUCAGUGGAGGAAGCUGUUGAGAGUCUCAUCGAGUUCCACAACCAUGACCUGGGAGAUAACCACCACCUCAGAGUGUCUUUCUCCAAAUCUACAAUCUAACACAAUCACUCUCUCUCACACACACACACACACACACACACACACACACACACACACACACACACACACACACACACACACACACACACACACACACACACAGUUACUACAGAGUAUAGACCAAACCUGUUCAUCAGAAUGCCUUCCAUGUCGUUUGUAUGUCAAGUCUUAUUCCACACGAGACACACUUAAUCAUUCCUUUAUACUUUUAAAAAAGUUUUAUCAUUAUUUACGUUUACUAUGGAUAUAAUCGGUUCAUAUUUUAUUUUAGUAGUUCUACUUCUAUGGAGGGAAACUCGCAGAACUCUCCAAGAUGCACGUCUAGUAUUUCUGUUUCUAUACUCUUCAGAAUGCACAUCUAGUCUUUCUGUUUCUAGAUUACAAUGUUUUAUUUUUUCCAUUUGAUAUACUUAAAAAAAUCCAUUUAAUGUUUUCUGUUUCUACUGUCUGUCCUUGGGAUCUUCACCACUAGUCAUAUUGAUCUAACAAAAUGCCUUUCAGCAACAGUCUAGUGCCUUAACCAGACCAGCCGGCUAGCCUUUCCAUGCUAUUACAUUGAUUUUAUACGAUAGGACUCUCAAAUAAGCUUUUUCUUUGAACAUCAAUAAUUUGAUUUGAAAUAUAUGGCUGUGGUCUUCCCUUUUGAUUUCUAGAUGUACACUAUGCAUUCCAUUUGUAUUUUUGUAACAUUGGUAGUUCUAUACUCUAUCAUUUUCUAUACCGUUUGAUAUCUACCAGUCACUGUGCAUCAAGUCUUAAUUCUUGCUCCAGAGGUGCCACUUAAAAUCAUGCAGCAUUUAGUCUUUAGUGCCUACUUCACCCCUAAUAUUUUACACACAUACACAUGCAAUACUCCAAUUUUAUUUCAUACAGCCGUAGAUAUUUGGUGCCUACAACACAAAUGUAUUUAUUACCUUUGUUCUGGCACUGACUGUCUAUAUAUUGCUUUUGCUGUAGAUUCUUCUGUAGCAUAAACGGUUUCAUGUAGCUAUUGAUUGUUGAUGUUAUUGAGGACCAAAGUACCUACCACCCCUGCUAUUUAAACAAUCCUUGUCAGUUUAAAAGACAAUGUUCUAAACUCUCUUUUCUCCCACUGGUUUGAUUCUAUGGUCCAAAUUGAAAGACUGCCUCUAGGGAUUUGAUUUUGUUUUCAUUUUAUACCUAAUCAGUCAGCCACUAGAUUUAAAAAUAGUAAUUUUGAGUGAGUUAUACCUUGAAUUUGUGAUAUUUGGUGUCUUGUCUCAUUUCUGUUUAAUUACAGUAAAAUUCCUCUAUGUUGGUAGAGUACUUUAAGCAUGAAUAUAUACUGUAUGUUGACCUAGUUGAUGAUGAUAUAGUGGAUAGCUGUGAUGUAGUUCUGUAUUCCUCUCCUGGUAACGGUUGUCGCUUUCAUUUUCCAUUAUGGGUUUUAUUGGGGUCAGGGGUCAACAGGAUGUGAUGUCAUGAAGCAGUGGGAGGGUUUUUGUCUGUCUAUAUUUAGUGUUUUUGUACCACAGUGAUUUGGAUUAAAUAUUAAAUUUCAUUCCAACAUGUAUAUUUUGAUAUAUAGUUAACAAACGUUGAUUCCAACAUGUAUAUUUUGAUAUAAAGGUAAUGCCAGCUUUCUCUGGAGGGCUGUAAAGAUGAGUUUUGUAUCACAAAGAAAUUAAACUUAAUGGAACACA